AUGUCUAUAGUUGUGAGAAUUUUGUCAUUGGGAUGGGUUAUGAUGAUGAUUAUGAGUAUCACAAAUGUGGCAGAUGCUGAUAUUUCUUCGAAUUUGUUGGAAAAUAUCGCUGAGAUAAAUGAAGAGGGUCCUUACUUAGGUAUUGUAGUGCCCAAGACUUUUGAGUUGGACCCUCUUCUCCGAUCUUCAAAUUUUCUUCCUCAUGCCACGAUUCCCCAGUUGGAUUAUGCAGGAAGAAGGUUUCGAGUUGGAACCUUGGAAAACCGAAAAGUCAUUGCUGUCGUGUCCGGAAAUAGCAUGCUUAAUUCAGGAUUAGCGACACAGUUGCUGCUAAGUUUAUUCAAGAUUGAAGGAGUACUUCACUUUGGAGUAGCAGGAAAUGUAAAUCCUCAAAUCAAAAUAGGAGAUGUCACAAUCCCUCAAUAUUGGGCUCAUACUGGUCUCUGGAAUUGGCAGAGAUAUGGAGAUAGACCUGGUGAUGCACUUGCAUUUGAAUCCACUGGAGACUACACAAGAAAUUACGGUUAUCUUAAUUUCGCCAAAUACAAAGUUGGCAGAUUAAAUGGGAAAGUUUCAGACGUGUGGUAUCCGGAUAACUAUCUCAACAACGUGUGGUAUCAACCGGAAGAGAUAUAUUCCAUUGAUGGAGAACCUGAGAAUAGACAGCAUAUCUUUUGGGUUCCUGUUAACAAACACUACUAUAGGCUUGCCAGGAAACUUGAGGAUAUUGUCCUUGAACAGUGUGCCAAUUCUGCUACGUGUUUACCUCAAACUCCAAAGGUAGUUACAGUGCGAAGAGGGGUGAGUGCUAAUGUGUUGGUAGACAAUGCUGCCUAUCGAGAUUUCUUGUAUUCUAAGUUCAAGGCAGCUCCGGUCGACAUGGAAAGUGCUGCAGUAGCCCUUGUAUGUCACCAACAAAAGACGCCUUUUAUAGUAAUUAGGGCAAUUUCCGAUUUAGCUAAUGGAACUUCUUUUAUUGAAAGUUCUAACUUCUCUUCACUAGCCGUUCAAAAUGCAGUCAAGGUUGCGGUUAAGUUCAUCACUUUGUCAUUGAACGAAAUGCUAACCCUUGACGCGGCUCAAUAA